AUCUUGCCGUCAUGCUUUGAUCCGCCCUCUUUCCGCCCCGCCCGAGUCUCAAGCACCGCUCGAGCAAUGUUUCUCUUUCCUUGUAGAUGAUUUUUGGCGCCUUCCAUGGCGACAACAACUUGGCCGCGCGCCCUGCCCAGAGCUGUGCAGAGGGCGCAAUGGACUCGACUGAAUAGACGGCCCAUUGCUACUGCCGCCGUUUCCCGCGAGCUCCCCACCGUCGACCAGCGAAUACCUCCCCUCGCGCCGUCACUGCCCUCCCAGCCCGCGCGAAAGGAAAAGCUCCGCGACGCGAAGCCGUUCUCGGAAUUUCUCACGGACAACUUCGACCGCCAGCACGACUACUUGCGCAUCUCCUUGACCGAGCGUUGUAAUCUCCGAUGUACAUAUUGCAUGCCCUCCGAGGGCAUUCAGCUGUCGCCCGACCGAGAAAUCCUGACUACGCCCGAGAUUUACUACUUGAGCGCACUUUUUGUCAACCAAGGUGUUAACAAGAUCCGCUUGACGGGAGGCGAACCUACAGUGCGCAAGGACAUUGUACCUCUGAUGCAGCAGAUUGGCAGUCUACGCCGCAAUGGGCUGAAAGAAUUGGCUCUGACUACAAAUGGUAUCUCGCUCCAUCGCAAGCUCGAUGACAUGGUCGAGGCAGGCCUGACUGGUGUGAACAUCAGCUUGGACACUCUGGACCCACUGCAAUUUCCAUUGCUCACCCGAAGGAACGGGUUCAACGCCGUCAUGAAGAGCAUUGAUCGCGUGCAAGAGAUGAACAAGCUGGGGGCAGGCAUCAAGCUCAAGAUCAACUGUGUUGCGAUGCGAGGAAUUAAUGACGAUCAGAUCCUCAAGUUCGUUGAGAUGACGCGGGAGCAGGACCUGGAGGUGCGCUUUAUUGAGUACAUGCCCUUCGGCGGCAACCGAUGGGCGCAGAAAAAGAUGUUGCCAUAUGCAGAAAUGGUGGACUUGAUCAAAGUACAAUACCCUACACUUUCGCGUCUACAAGAUGCAAAGAAUGACACGUCAAAAACGUGGCAAGUGCCUGGUUUCAAGGGACGCGUGGGCUUCAUCACAAGCAUGACCCACAACUUUUGCGGCACUUGCAAUCGUUUGCGCAUCACAUCUGAUGGUAAUCUGAAGGUGUGUCUGCAUGGAAAUGCAGAAGUCAGUCUGCGUGAUCUCCUGCGGGCAGACAAUUCCGGAAACCCAAUGGACGAGCAGGCCUUUGAAGCAAUUCGACAGAUUGAGCUGGACAGAAGGAAUACCGAGCGAGGAAAGUUGCUUCUCGAUGGUGAAGAAGGAUGGAUGACCAAGGAACGUCAGCUCCUUGAAGUCAUUGGCGCAGCAGUCAAGCGGAAAGCUGCCAAGCAUGCUGAUAUGGGUGAUCUUGAGAACAUGCAGAACCGCCCCAUGAUUUUGAUUGGUAAGCCAGGAAUUUCUACAUCCUUUGGCAAUUCUUCCCAGCACAUCCCCAUUAGACAGCGAAGGACUUCGCCCUGGUCACGGGUGCCACUGCACAUUAUUCAGCCCGCUUCGUUUGGGUCACAAGCGCGUACCUACUCUUCAAAGAGCGAUUCAGACGCUGGAAAUAGCACUUCCACUGAAGAGAACAAAUCUGAGCCGGCGACCCGCCUAGCCACCGCAUUCCGUUUUCAAAGCCUGAGUGGACUUUUCGAACAGCCAAAGCGCGGUCGCUACAGCAGUCCUCAGGAGCGUCAGACCGAAGGCAGCACAGAAUCCCAGACUCCUGAUAAUCGCGAAGAGCCAGAGAUCCGUGGCGACGCUGUGACAGGUACCACGGAAAAAGCCCAAGAGAGCAGCACAUCACCCGUGGACGAGGUCUCGGCGGAUAAUGAAGGUGUUGGCAUUACCGCAACCUCUACAUCAACGAUCAGUGGCACGCAACGAGAGCACACUGUUGCCGAAAUUGGCGAUGCAUUUCGCCGACGAUUUAUUGCAGCGAGACGACUGCCAUCCGGCAGCGCGAUCAGAUCGACUCAGAGACGGCAAAGAGGGCCAAGGAAGCCCAAUAAUAGUACUGCAAACUUUGCUGCCAGUGCCGGAGGGUUGAGACGGACAAACCCGUUCUCCACUCCGCCAAACCCGAGCAUUACGAGGAGUCACGAGGCUUCUGAGUUGAAAGACCCCGGUACAUUGCCUUCGCGUGCUCAGAACCCAUGGGGUCUAUAUACAGAAAACAAGUCAUUAACGUCGGCCGAUCGAGAACCGGCUACAGACGUUAUCGAGCCGAGUGUCACGAAAGACUCCGACCGCAGGGCCGUUGCAAAGGACAACACUGCAGUUGAGAAAGCUUCGAACAAUGAGCCGAGUCAAGCUUCUACUGCGGCGAGCCGCUCCAAGAAGAGCAAGACAGGCUCCAACAAGAACCUUACCCACCUCACAUCAACCGGAGAAGCACAUAUGGUGGACGUCGGCGGCAAGCAGAGCACUAAACGCAUUGCAAUCGCCACUUCCCGCGUUCGGUUCAGUAAUGAUGAGCCAUUGCGUCUCAUUGCAGAGAACAAUAACAAGAAGGGCGACGUUCUCAGUGUGGCUCGCAUUGCAGGAAUUAUGGCUGCGAAGCGUACUUCUGAUAUCAUUCCGUUGUGUCAUCCUAUUGGAAUAACCAAAGUGGAGGUUGAGCUACUGCCCGAAAGGAGCAGGAAGCUUGUCAAAGGCAGGCUUGGGCGGCGGCUGCCCGGGACUCCCUACGGUUCGGUCAUCAUUCAAGCACGAGUCGACUGCUAUGGAACUACUGGUGUUGAGAUGGAAGCUCUCACAGCUGCUGCCGCAGCCGCACUCACAGUCUACGAUAUGUGCAAAGCGGUGGACAAGGAAAUGCAAAUCUUGGGGACCAUUGUAGUGUACAAAAGUGGUGGUAAGAGUGGCCUUUACGUCAAUGAUAUCUGGGCGAAAGCAAUGGGCGCCGAAUGGUUCAUCGAGCGUGGGCUAGAGAUCCCCGUUGCGAUAAAAACGAUGCUGAAUACUCCGAAAACUGAGGGCGAGAGGGAGGAGCAACAAGAUGAGCUGGGUGACGGGGGCAAUCGGAAAUCUGCGAAAGAAGGCGAAGGUCAUGAGUCCGAGCCGCCACUUCACAUUAGCGACAGGGGUAGCAUGCCGCGCAUCAAGAAGUUCUUGUCUAUCAAGCGAUAGGAGGCAUGCAUCUAUUGGAUGCUCUUAUCGCCAGAGAGAAUCAAAAGACAGCGACAUUGUACAUUGUUCUACUUAUAGCGUACGUGGCAAGAAGUUGCGGUGGAGUGUAGCUAAUGUCUGAGAAACAGCAGACGUGCUGUACAGCCUCAUG